AGCAGCUCUGUAAUGUGUUUGUGGUUUCAGAUGUGGGCGGCCUGUGUGAACCUGUCGUGCAAGGCUCACGUCACCAACUGCUGCAGUUAUCUCCUGAAUCAGGCUGAGGGUCUUUGCUGUGCACCCAGAGACAGUUGGGUGACAAAUCACCUCCAGGCUGGGGAUGCCUCAGACUUGUGAUGGGACUGGGCAGAUGCAUCUGGAAAGGCUGGACCUUGGAGAGUGAAGCCCUGAGGCGAGACAUGGGCACCUGGCUCCUGGCCUGCACCUGCGUCUGCACCUGUGUCUGUUUGGGAGUCUGUGUCACAGAGGAAGGACAAGGGCCAAGGGCUGGAAACUUCACCUGCCUCACCAACAACAUUCUCAGGAUCGAUUGCCACUGGUCUGCCCCAGAGCUUGGCCAGGGCUCCAGCCCCUGGCUUCUCUUCACCAGCAACCAGGCUCCCGGCGGCACACAUAAGUGCAUCUUGCAGGGCAGUGAGUGCACCGUAGUGCUGCCACCCGAGGCAGUGCUCGUGCCAUCCGACAAUUUCACCAUCACUUUCCACCACUGCGUGUCUGGCAGGGAGCAGGUCAGCCUGGUGGACCCGGAGUACCUGCCCCGGAGACAUGUUAAACUGGACCCGCCCUCUGACUUGCAGAGCAACAUCAGCUCUGGCCACUGCAUCCUGACCUGGAGCAUCAGUCCUGCCUUGGAGCCAAUGACCACACUUCUCAACUAUGAAUUGGCCUUCAAGAAGCAGGAAGAGGCCUGGGAGCGGGCCCAGCACAGGGAUCACAUUGUCGGGGUGACCUGGCUCGUACUUGAAGCCUUUGAGCUGGACCCUGGCUUUAUCCUUGAGGCCAGGCUGCGUGUCCGGAUGGCCACAUUGGAGGAUGACGUGGCAGAGGAGGAGCGUUACACAGGCCAGUGGAGUGAGUGGAGCCAGCCUGUGUACUUCCAGGCUCCCCAGAGACAAGGCCCUCUGACCCCACCCUGGGGGCAGCCAGACAACACCCUUGUCGCUGUGUCCGUCUUCCUCCUGCUGAUUGGCCUGACUUACCUCCUGUUCAAGCUUUCACCCAGGGUGAAGAGAAUCUUCUACCAGAACGUGCCCUCUCCAGCGGCGUUCUUCCGGCCCCUCUACAGUGUGCACAAUGGGAACUUCCAGACUUGGAUGGGGGCCCACAGGGCCGGUGUGCUGCUGAGCCAGGACUGUGCUGGCGCCCCACGAGGAGCCUCGGAGCCCUGCAUCCAGGAGGCCAUUGCACUGCUAACCUGUGGCCCAGUGCAUCCUUGGAAAUCUGUGGCCCUGGAGGAGGAAGAGGAGGGCACUGGGACCAGGCUUGCAGGGAACCUGAGCUCAGAGAAUGUGCUGCCAGCAGGGUGUACGGAGUGGAGGGCACAGAUGCUUGCCUAUCUGCCACAGGAGGACUGGGCUCCCACGUCCCCCACUGGGUCAGCUCCCCCAGACUCAGAGGGCAGCAGCAGCAGCAGCAGUGACUACUGUACUUUGGGUUGCUAUGGGGGAUGGCACCUCUCAGCCCUCCCAGGGAACACGCAGAGCCCUGGGCCCAUCCCAGCCCUGGCUUGUGGUCUUUCCUGUGACCAUCAGGGCCUUGAGACCCAGCAAGGAGUUGCCUGGGUGCUGGCUGGCCACUGCCAGAGGCCUGGGCUGCAUGAGGACCUCCAGGGCAUGGUUUUCCCUUCCGUCCUCAGCAAGGCUCGGUCCUGGACGUUCUAGGUCCCUGACUUGCCAGAUGCAUCAUGUCCAUUUUGGGAAAAUGGACUGAGGUCUCUGGAGCCCUUGUCUGUGACUGAACCUCCUGAGAAGGGGCCCCUAGCAGUGGUCAGAGGUCCUGUCUGGAUGGAGGCUGUAGGCUCCCCUUCAACCCCUCUGCUCAGUGCCUGUGGGGAGGAGCCUCUAUCCUCAGCAUCCUGGCCACAGGUUCCUCCUUCCACUGUCCCUUUUCUUUAUCCCUGGCCUCUCUGAGAAGAGGGGUGUGGUCUCUCAGCUGUUCUGCCCUCAUACCCUUAAAGGGCCAGCCUGGGCCCAGUGGACACAGGUAAGGCACCAUGACCACCUGGUGUGACCUCUCUGUGCCUUCCUGAGGCACCUUUCUAGAGAUUAAAAUGAGCUUGAUGGCUAUU